CUUGGGUAAGUUCCCCUUCCGCUUCCUCCUGCCUCCCGCCCCGCGGCUGCUGCUCAGCCAGGGCCUCGCCAGCCUCUCCACAGCCCUGGUGCCCGCAGACACACUCCCAGCCCUGAGCUGUCACCGCCGCCCACCCAGGCUCCAGACACGAUGCAGGCCAUCAAGUGUGUGGUGGUGGGAGAUGGAGCCGUGGGCAAGACCUGCCUUCUCAUCAGCUACACCACCAACGCCUUCCCGGGAGAGUACAUCCCCACCGUGUUUGACAACUACUCCGCCAACGUGAUGGUGGACAGCAAACCUGUGAACCUGGGGCUGUGGGACACUGCCGGGCAGGAGGACUACGACCGCCUCCGGCCGCUCUCCUACCCCCAGACGGACGUCUUCCUCAUCUGCUUCUCCCUCGUCAGCCCAGCCUCCUACGAGAACGUCCGUGCCAAGUGGUUCCCCGAGGUGCGGCACCACUGCCCCAGCACGCCCAUCAUCCUGGUGGGCACCAAGCUGGACCUGCGGGAUGACAAGGACACCAUCGAGAAGCUGAAGGAGAAGAAGCUGGCACCCAUCACCUACCCGCAGGGCCUGGCCCUGGCCAAGGAGAUUGACUCGGUGAAGUACCUGGAGUGCUCAGCCCUCACCCAGAGGGGCCUGAAAACUGUCUUUGACGAGGCGAUCCGGGCUGUCCUGUGCCCCCAGCCCACGCGGCCGCAGAAGCGCCCCUGCAGCAUCCUCUAGGGGUUGCUCCCCAGCCCUCCCACCCAGAUGGUCCUGACCCUCUAGGACCCCCAUGCAAAGCCCGACGGUGCCCCAACUGGCCAUGCUGUCCCCUCCCUGUGGCGUUUCCUAGCAGAUGGCUGCAGAGCUUGGCUCAUCAUCUUCUCCGCGCCAGAGGUCCCCGCGGGCCGGGAGAGCAUGACUCUGUAGGCGCUGUAUCCCAAUCUGCUCAUGUUCCUGCCUUCCCAGGGGCCAGCGGGGAGCCCCAGGACCCAAUAAGCCACCCGUGUGUUACUUCGGUCAAUGCCAGCCACUGCAUAUGGAAGCAUCUACCCAUUUGCCCCAGUCCCCCCCAGUGCCUGACUCCCCUCUGGAAACCUUCGGUCAGAUGGUGGCCAGCCACUACUUGUAUACCUCCAGGGACAGGGAUCUCAGUCCCUCCUGAGGCAGUCUGCUCCACUAUUGAGAUGGUCUUGCUUGUCUGAAAGUUCUACUAAGCAAAAAUGAGUGUCUCAGAAGUUUGUUCCUCUGCUUUCAGUUCUCCUUUUUUGGGACAACAUAAAACAAAUCAAAUUCUCUAAAUCUCUGGGAUAUCUGCCCCGCCAAUCGACAGUCUGGGUUCAGCUGACCCCCGCCAUCUCUCAGGACUUUCUGCUCCGCCUGCAGGAUCCUGAGCUUCAUUUACCUGUGAGAGUCUUAAAACUUUCACACCCUGCCUGUCAGGACUUUUGCUAUUGCAAACAGAAAACCCAAUUCAACCUGCUUAAGCAGAAAAUAAAUUUAUUGAUUACA